CCGAACAAUUUGUUAGCGAGAGGUUUGGGCAGUGGGAAGAAGAUGGCAAAUAUCCCCCUCGUACUCUCCAUUUGUCUUCUGGGAGCUUGUCUCGGUGACGAAAGUACAGUCUUCAUCGAGAACAAAGAGGCAAGCUCGGUUCUGCGCAGGCAAAAGCGAGCCAAUUCAAACCGACUGGAAGAGGUUAUUCCUGGGAACCUCGAGAGAGAAUGCAUAGAAGAAAAAUGCAGCUUUGAGGAAGCCCGAGAAGUGUUUGAAAACACAGAGAAAACAAUGGAGUUUUGGAAAACAUACAUUGAUGGAGAUCAGUGCGACCCCAACCCAUGCAAAAAUGGAGCCGUUUGCAAGGACGCAGUAAGUUCCUAUGUGUGCUGGUGCCCGGCUGGGUACGAAGGCAGGAACUGUGAGAUAGACUUCACUUGUGCUAUUAAAAAUGGAGGCUGCAAGCACUUCUGCAGGCAUGACCCGCCACAGAAAGUUGUGUGUUCCUGCGCCGCUGGCUAUAGACUUCAUGAAGACGGAAAGUCCUGUGAACCUACAGUGCCGUAUCCCUGCGGGAAGAUCACGGCUCCUGAAGCGAAGAGCAAGCUCACCCGAGCCAUAAACACCUUUGAGCACUGGAACGUCACCACCGAUGACCACGACGAUGCUCAUGACGAGGUGCUCGACAACACCACGGAAACCAGCACCGCCGCCACCACGAAAAUCACACCGAUAAUUAAGACGGGCACCCGGGUGGUCGGUGGCUCGGACAGCAUGAGAGGCGAGGUGCCGUGGCAG